UUAUAAUGCAGCGCUGCAACCCUUUCACUUAAGAGCGAACUUAGCACCGUCAGUGACUAGCUGAGUACUUGGCUAGCUACUGUGCAGAGGUAACUUAGGUGACAAUGGGGGUGAAAGACCGCCCUCAGUGUUACUUUGAUGUGGAGCUCAACCGGGAGCCAGUCGGACGCAUUGUCUUUCAACUGUUUUCGGACGUUUGUCCCAAGACAAGCAAAAACUUUCUGUGUUUGUGCACUGGUGAAAAGGGAACUGGUAAACUCACCGGGAAAAAGCUGUGCUUCAAAGGCUCCACCUUUCACAGAGUGGUAAAGAACUUUAUGGUCCAGGGAGGCGACUUCACCGAAGGAAAUGGAAGAGGAGGGGAGUCGAUAUACGGCGGCUACUUUGAAGAUGAGAACUUCCUUCUCAAACACGACAAAGCCUACCUGCUGUCGAUGGCCAACCGCGGGAAGGACACCAACGGCUCUCAGUUCUUCAUCACAACAAAGAUGGCGCCUCAUCUCGACGGGUCCACAAAGAGGAUAUCGAAGCUGGCCUAUCACAAAGGAGUUGUGAUCGUGACGUGUCCGGGGUGUGAGAACCAUCACAUCAUCGCUGACAACCUGCGCUGGUUCUCCGACCUGGAAGGGAAGAGGAAUAUCGAGGAAAUCCUUGCUGCCAAAGGAGAGACUGUGAGGAGGGUGGAUGGGAGUUCUGCUUUUGAAAUCGUGGUGGAUGAAUCUGGGAACGAAAGUUUCUGUUUACUUGCUCCAGUUCUCGAGGGAAAGAGGAAGAGAAGCUCCCACUCUGCCGACUCGUCCUUCUCUUCCCAUGACUCGUCCUAUCAGUACUCCUCAUCUGAAAAUGAAUCGGAUGAAAACCACAAACAUCACAAGCACAAGAGACAUGCAAAGAGUAAACGCUCCAAAAGGAGAAGAAGGGAAUCAAAGCAGAAGGAGAGCGUUGAAGUUCUUCCCUCCAAUCAGAGCUCUCCCAGUCCUGUGGAGGAAGAGGUGCUGGAGGUGGAGGUGGAGGUGGAGCAGAGCGGGAGGAGAGAGAAGCUCACAGUGCGACCGGAGGAGAUCCCCCCUGUGCCGGAGAACCGUUUCCUGCUGCGACGGGACGUGCCACUUCAGGAAGUGAAGGCGGAGAUUGUGGAAACAGAAGAAACGUGUCCUUUAACUGACCCGAAACCUUCAGUCUCCAAGUCUGGACGGAAGAUUAAAGGGAGAGGAACAAUGAGAUAUCACACCCCGACGAGGUCUAAGUCUCGCUCUGCGUCAGUGGAGGAACGUGGCAGCAGUGAGACUCCGCCACACUGGAAAGAGGAGAUGAAGAGAACCAAAGUGUACCAACCUCCGAGCAUCGAGAGGUGGAGCAAAGGAGACAAAUGGGAGAACAGGAGUGACUCUGCGUGGUCCCGGUCUGCAGAUCACUCCUCGGAUCGCGGCUCGGAGAGAUCGAGCCUGCAGCGCCAACCGAAGAAAGAGAAGAAGAAAUCCAAACACAAGAAGAAGUCCAAGAAAGGGAAACGCGGGAAGAAGAAGAGCUCAAAGAACAAACCUCCAGAGCCUCUCCCUACCGUGAGUGAAACGCCGGCGUCUUCAGAGAGGAAGUCCAAGAGAUCCCGGUCGUCUUCAAACCAGCGGGACUCCUCAACCCAGAGGAAGCUACGGUCCUCGCUUUCAUUUAGAGACUCAAGAUCCUACUCUAGAUCGUCCUACAGCCAGUCCAGAUCCAGAGGAAGGUCUUACUCGAGAUCCAGAAGCCUUUCGAGGUCUUUGUCUAGAUCCAGAUCUCGUUCCUAUUCUCGAUCCAGGUCAAGAUCCAGGUACAGAUCUAGGUCCUCGUCCAGGAAGAAUAGUUUAUCCCCGAGAAAGACGAAAGGUAGUAAGCCCAAAGCGGCCGCCAUGAUGCCCGAGAAGCUUCCAGACAGCAAAGCCCCGCCUCUUCCCAGACUCCCGAGUGUCCCGGCUUCAGAAAGUACCCCCGUGAUCCCGAUGAGCGACAGCCCCCCGCCGUCACGCUGGAAACCCGGUCAGAAGCCCUGGAAGCCGUCUUACGUCCAGGAGGUUAAAGCAAAAGCAGCUCUCGGCUCUUCGUCUGGAGCAACUGUAGCCAGUGUUACAGAAAAAGCUCAGACUGCCGUUACACCAAAGUGUCUGUUGGUUGAGUCUGAAAUCCACAAACGCAGCAGGUCUUACAGUCGCUCCAGGAGCAGGAGUUACAGCAGGUCCUCCACCUACAGCGGGUCGGACUCUGAAACCUCCCAGAAAGCACCAAGCAACAAAAGAAACUCACUGGACAAGGAAUGGAAAGAGUAUUACAGCUCCCUGAAGAGGGUCAAAAACGUAGAUAAGCACGUUUCACUCGCGAGUAGCCAAGAUGCCAAGUCAGGGUCGAAUAGUCCGGAUGUCUCAACGAGAUCACAGGAUCAAGAGGGGAAGCAGUUCAGCUCAAUGCCUGCUGAGAGCUUUAACAGCAGGUCUGAAUGGGACAGUGACACUGAGAGAGGGAGCAACAGCGGGGCUCGGUCAAAAAAGCAGAAACGAGCAGUCCAGUCCAGAGAAGUUCUCGAUAAGAAGUCGUCCGCGUGGAAUUCGGAAAGCGAUUCGGAUCAUGUGCCCGCCAGGAAUUUGGCUAUAUCUGAGAAAGAGGAAGGGGAAGCUAGUUCAGAAUCAGAGUUUGAGACCUCCAGGAAAGCUUCUGAAGAAGUGUCUGCGCCAAAGAUCGCCAUGGCUGCUGCCAAAGGUCCCGAGGAGGUCGCAGAGAAACACAAGAGCAAGAAGAAAUCCAAGCGUAAGCGAAAACACAAGCGGCGGCGCGAGAGCAGAAAGGAAAAAGGAAAGAGAUCCAAGAGGAAACACCAGAAGCUCAAAGAGACUUUCCACUGGCAGCCUCCUCUGGAGUUCGGAGAGGAGGAAGAGGAGGAGGAUGAGACCAAACGAGAGAAACAAAGUCCUGGGAGAGUUCUCAAAGAAAAGCCUGUCGUGGAAAAAAUAACCUCGAACCCUAAAGAGGAAAGGAUUAGGGUUCAACAGAGAGCGAAGGAAUGUAUCAACAAGAACUCAACACACACUAAGUCUCUUCUUCAGCCGUCCAAUAGGAACGGGGCUGAUGUACCCAUCGUCAAACAGCAGGAGUCUUUAGACGAUAUGGACAUCUGUACGCCAGAGCAUGACGCUGAGAUUGUACAACCAACCGAUCUUUCUAAUAAUGCACCUGAAUUUAUCGUAAAACCUACCUCAACAAUUUCAGAUAACGCUUUACCUCAAAGCAAAGACCCUUCUGUGCCCUCCUCUGCUGGACUGCAAGAUGAAACCCCCGGAAAACCUCCCGUCGCUAACUUCAAAUGGAGGCCUUUGAAAGGACCGUCAGCCCCGCAGAACGUCCACAUGGCGCCCGUCAGCGUAGUGAACGUCCAGGAGGUCCAGAACGCCGCGGCGCAGGGAGUGAAGAUGGAGAUAAAGAGCCAGAGCCGGGUGCGACCGGGGUCUCUGUUCGACGAGGUCCGGAAGACCGCUCGGCUCAACCAGAGGCCGAGGAACGAGGAGAGCUCCAGCGAGGAGAGGUCUCCGUCCGCGGGGACAUCGCGAUCCCCCAAGAAGUCUCGCUCCAGAGGCUGGUCCCGGUCCUCCAGCCGGUCCAGGAGCCGGUCCCGGAGCUCCAGCUACUCCUCCAGGUACAACAAGGACUUAAAGGUCACCUAUUUAAAUCCACUUCUUCAUGUCUCUUCUACAUCAACAUGUGUCCCCUCUUUGGUCCAGCUCCCUGCUUCACCCCUGACGCUGGGGCUCAGAAGUGAUGAAUGGGACCUGCUCCAGGUGCAGAUCGAUAUUUUUCCAGCUUGUUAUGGAGCGUAUUGA